AUAGUGCAGAAGAGUUUUGUGAAAGAAGGAGCUACUAGGGCAAAUCAAGUGGCUGGGGAGAUCCUUUCGUUCUUCACUCGCAAUAAUUUCACCAUCUCCGACCGAGGCGAGACCAUCACGUUUGAAGGAAUGAUGGUGCCAAGCAGAGGCCAGGCAGCGCUUCUCACUUUCUGCACCUGCAUUAGCCUUGCAAGCGUCGGCCUCGUCCUCUCCAUUGCCAUUCCGGAGGGAGGCAACAACUGGUUCUGGCUCAUGGCGCUAAGCCCACUCGCGGGAGUUUAUUACUGGCAACGGGCAUCAAGGAAAGAGGAGAUAAAGGUGAAGAUUAUAGUAGGUAAUGAAGGAAACCUUUCUGAGAUCAUUGUGCGUGGGGAUGAUCAGCAAGUGGAGCAGAUGAGGAAGGAGCUACAGCUCAGUGAGAAAGGUAUGAUCUAUGUAAAGGGAAUAUUUGAACAAUAGAAGUGCGUGAGGUGAACAUUCUAACAAAAGCUUAAAGGUAUUUCCAUGUCAAUUUGUUUCAGUUGUUCUUUGUAGAGUUUGAUUGUAAUAAGUUUUUUUUAAGUAUUUGUAAGCCAAUUUAUAGCAUAAUGUGAUGAAUCUCUGUGCGUUGAAUCAGAACAAGAAGGAUUAAAAUUUUGUGUAUUGAAUGGAAAUAUAACAAUGAAGAAAAAAAAUAUUAUUGAC